UGUGAGUCAGUGCUUUUGGGAUGCAGAGCAGGCCCUGUGAGAGGCCUUUUGGGGCUGCGUAAUCACGAUGACCCCCUUCUAAUUGUGCCUUUCUCCUUUUGGCAGGAUCAUCUACUUUCAAGAAGUCCCUCACCCCCGAGAUGCCAGGUGCUUCCGGGCAGCCAGGCUCACAGACCAUAAAGAAAGGGCACAGAGGAGUGGACUCCACGGGUGAGACUACCUACAAGAAGACAACAUCAUCUGCCUUGAAGGGUGCCAUUCAGCUGGGCAUUACACACACAGUUGGGAGCUUGAGCACCAAACCCGAAAGAGACGUUCUCAUGCAAGAUUUCUACGUAGUAGAAAGCAUUUUCUUCCCCAGUGAAGGGAGCAACCUGACCCCAGCUCACCAUUACAACGACUUCCGAUUCAAAACCUACGCUCCAGUGGCCUUCCGCUAUUUCCGGGAGCUGUUUGGGAUCCGACCGGACGACUACCUGUACUCGCUCUGCAGUGAGCCUCUCAUUGAGCUUUCAAACUCCGGGGCCAGCGGAUCCCUCUUCUACGUGUCCAGCGACGAUGAGUUCAUCAUCAAAACCGUGCAGCACAAAGAGGCUGAGUUCUUGCAGAAGCUGCUGCCUGGCUACUACAUGAAUCUGAACCAGAACCCAAGGACGCUGCUGCCAAAGUUUUACGGCCUCUACUGUGUCCAGGCUGGGGGCAAGAACAUCCGCAUUGUUGUGAUGAACAACCUGCUGCCCCGCUCUGUCAAAAUGCACCUGAAGUACGACCUCAAGGGCUCCACCUACAAGCGCCGAGCGUCCCAGAAGGAGAGGGAGAAAGUCUUCCCCACAUACAAGGACUUGGAUUUUAUGCAGGACAUCCCCGACGGCCUCUUCUUAGACUGUGACAUGUAUAAUGCCCUGUGCAAAACGUUGCAAAGAGACUGUUUGGUCCUGCAGAGCUUUAAAAUCAUGGAUUACAGUUUGCUUGUUGCAAUCCAUAACAUGGACCUGGCACAGAGGGAGCACGCCCUGGCCGACGGGACGUUGCAGGCUGACAUGCGGCGACCCGCUGCCCAGAAGGCCCUUUACUCCACAGCCAUGGAAUCCAUCCAGGGAGAGGCCCGGCGAGGUGGCACCAUAGAAACAGAUGACCAGAUGGGAGGAAUUCCAGCCCGCAACGCCAAGGGGGAGAGGCUCCUCCUGUACAUCGGCAUCAUUGAUGUGUUGCAGUCCUACAGACUUGUCAAGAAGCUGGAGCACUCCUGGAAGGCCCUCGUGCACGAUGGGGACACUGUAUCCGUGCACAGACCCAGCUUCUAUGCCGAGAGGUUCCAACGGUUCAUGUGCAACACGGCGUUCAAGAAAAUACCCUUGAAGCCAUCCCCGUCUAAGAAGAGCCGGUCCGGCGCAGCCGUCCCGCGGCGGAGCUGCCAAGGGGCAGUGCCUUCCCUGUCACACGUGUCCUGCGAGACGAAAGCACAAGUGACGACGGAGGCGGAUGUGGAGCAAGGUUCCCACCUUGGUCGCCCAGAUCUCCUGCCCAGGACCCUGCCAGUGGAUGAAGCCAACAGCGAUUCCAUCGCAACGACCCUGUCCACAUCCUCCUUGGGCAGCGGAGGCCUCAACUCGCCUGCAAACAGGUCAGUGGGCGUGCAAGUGCAUAAAGCUGACAGCUCAGCAAAGGAUUUGACUAGGACAGCUCCUGGCAUCUUCCUGCCUAGUGGCUCCCCAGGGCCUUCUGUACCCGAGCACUCUGCAGAGCUGAGAGAGCAGCUCGAAGACCUGCAGGAGACUGAGAUAAGCUUUUGAAGCAACACGGGAUUGCUGCGAUGGAAGCAGAUGGUUCUGUUCCCUGCGUGGUCCGUGGAGUCUGACAGAGAAUUCAGCCCCUGUUGCUGAUUUAUGUUUCCCUUUUUUAUUCCUAAGUAAUCUUACGUGGACAGAAACCCAAAGGCUGAAGGUUGGGCCACACUUAGCGGGAUAGCAUUAACCGAGAACCGAGCCAGCGCAGCUGAGCCUCGGACCCCUGAAGGUCUCCUUAGAGCAGAGCCCAGCGCUGCGUCCCUGCUGUCCUCCUUUGCUUGGAGCCUGGGGAGAGCAAGGGCGGCUGCCGGGAGGAGGAGGAAGAGGAGGAAGAGGAGGAACUGCUCUGCGGAAGGGACCCGACGUGCAGGAGGCGGCCGCUUCCCAUGCGACCCCACAGAGGCGGCGAGGACAGGAGACUCUUUGGAGUGCCUGGGGUGGGCAGCGGGCACUGGAGCCUCGUUGGGGCCGUUUGCCCCGGAGCAGCACGGUUUGGUUUUGUACUUUAGCCACGUUUUUAAUUUAAGUGUUUCUCUG